UCAGUCGUUUUAUAACGGUGUUCUAUAUAGGUAGUGGUUUUUGUAAACUAAAAUAAAUACAGCUUGCCAUAAAACUUAUCGUAAAUAAUCGAAUUCAUUGGAAUUAUUAUCUUAUCAUAUUUAUCUUAGUAUGGUUUAACGAUGAACAGAGACUUUUCAUUUCCGAUGUUUCAGUAAGAUUAAUGUGUCGGUAUAAAAAUUUGUAACAUUUUGUUUGCUCACUGUGUAAUACUUAUUUUCGGUGAAAAUGCCUUCUGGUCAACAAAGAGAAACCAACGUUUCUAUACCUCUGACGCCAACCAGAUCGGAUUUGUAUUGGAGAAGAAUAUUUAACAAGUAUGACAAAGACAACGACGGCAAGAUCUCGUACGUGGAGCUCAAGCACAUCAUCGAGUCUCGAGAGUAUGAGCACGACUUGCCGGACAACGUGGUGGACAAGAUCAUGAACCUCGCCGACAGAGACAACUCGGGCUAUCUGGACUUCAACGAGUUCGUCGACAUGAUGCACCAUCCUGACUUGAAGGCUGUGUUCGGACAUUUCGUGGCGAGAUACGUGCACUCGAUCAUACCGCAUCGAGACCCGGUAGACACUACAGGACGGUGGCCAGGUUUCCACGCGGUAUCGACGUACGAUGGCGCCCAAACCCGCAGCCACGCUUUGUUCACGUACACAGACGGCACCUACGAGGAGGAGUACAGUUGCUGGCCUCCCGCCGUCUGCAUGAUCCUCAUAUCAUUGGUGGAAAUCGUGCUGUUUUGCUAUGACGCCGCACAAGGGAACACAGAUGCCAAUGGACCGAUCGCGAAACUUUUCAUAUACAAUCCCCACAAGCGGCAAGAGGCAUGGAGGUUCAUCACCUAUAUGCUGGUGCAUGUCGGCGUCGUGCACUUGCUGGUUAACCUACUGGUACAGCUAUUCCUCGGCGUGCCCUUGGAGAUGGUGCAUCGCUGGUGGCGCGUGACGUUGGUCUACCUAGCCGGGGUAGCGGCUGGUUCUCUGGCCACCAGCCUUACCGAUCCCAAGGUGUACCUGGCAGGCGCUUCAGGCGGGGUCUACGCGCUGAUCGCGGCGCAUAUAGCUACCAUCAUCAUGAACUGGGCAGAGAUGGAGUUCGCGAUCAUCCAGUUACUAGUGUUCCUUCUACUGGCAUCAGUGGACAUCGGCAACGCAGUGUACGACCGCUACUGGCGGCACACGGCACAGAAUAUCGGAUACGUGGCGCAUUUAGCAGGAGCUGUAGCUGGUCUAUUAGUCGGCAUAGGCGUUCUACGAAACCUCGAAAAGAGAAAAUGGGAGAAGAGAUUAUGGUGGGCGGCGGUGGUAAUUUACCUCUCCCUCAUGAUCGCCGGCAUUCUGGCAAACAUCUUCUGGACUGACAGAUUCUUGUGAAGUGAUCCCAAUGACAAUUGAAUAAGGUCUAAUUUCCCUUGCCUUUUAGGCAUCGUGCGUCAUACAUCGAACGGUCAAUAGGUGCUUUGGAAAGUUAUAAAGUGCACUUAAAAGUAUUAGGAUUAAAGUCUACUGUCGAAUGCCUUACUGGAGCUUUAUGUAAGCAAAUAUGUUUGAAAUAUUAUGCGAAAUUCCACCUUAAGCCUAUUAGUGUUAAGCUUAUUUUUGUACACUUAAAUGUAUAAUUUUGGUCUCUAAUUACUUAUUUAGUGCCUUAACCGUGUCCCAAGAUCUCUCUCUUUAAAGGAGAAGAUUUGUUAUAUGUAAAUCUGUACAGAG